AUGGUAACCUACGUACAAGGUGACAGUUUGGUUAUAAACUACAGGCAUGUUAUGAACCAGAAUCAUCCACCACAUGGAAUAACAUUUCAGCAGUAUAAUGCUGCAAAACACGGGAGGGAGGAAAUCCACUGGUUCUGCAGACCAUGCGAGGAUCGGUAUUGGCCAAACCCAGCUGAUGCACCCGCAGCUGAUGCCCCUGUCCCUGAUGCUGACCCAGCCGAUGCACCUGCCCCUGAUGAUGACCCAGCCGAUGCACCUGCCCCUGAUGCUGACCCAGCCGAUGCACCUGCCCCUGAUGAUGACCCAGCCGAUGCACCUGCCCCUGAUGAUGACCCAGCCGAUGCACCUGCCCCUGAUGAUGACCCACUUGAGGGAUCUUUUGAUGUAGGUCAUCGACGUGCCUCCAUACACCCGGAACCUAUGGACACAUCACUAAACGCUGAACCAGAGUUGCCGGACGACAUCUUACCUGACGACGGUGUCAUCAACUACAAGAUUCUGGAAAAGGGGAGCAAAAGAGGAGGACGCUUGCUGAUCGCCAGCAACGGAUAUACAUUUGGAGUAAAGAAUGCUAACAAGUCAUCCACUCUAUGGACCUGCAGCGUUAGAUCGGCAAAAGUGCGCUGCCACGCAACAGUAAGCCAGAAAGGGGAUCUCUUCAGACCAGGUGUCCAGCCUCACUGCCAUCCAGCCAACCCCCGUCUGCCCAUCUACAAAGAGGUUGCUGCAGUGGUGAAAGAACGGGUCAGCGCCCAACCUCAUUCGAGAGCCGGUGGUGUUGUCACUGAUGUGGUAACAAGUGUCAUCGCAGAGGAGCAGCGGUUUUUGGCCCCAAAGCAGAGUCUGCUGAAGAGGACCGCGAACAAGUUCAGAUCAGCAAACACGCCGCGAGAACCAACGGAUCUUGACUUUGAGUUGGACGUUGACUUCCUGCAGUGCGAGGAUUUCCUCGUAGAUGACGUGAGAGUUGGCGACCAACGGCAUUUGAUUUUCGCAACGCCGUUCCAGAGGAACUUGCUGAGGCAUUCUAAAAGAUGGUUUAUGGAUGGAACGUUUAAGGUAGUGAAGGACCCUUUCAAGCGAUCCGGUCAACUACUCAGCAUCCACUCCUUCAUCCUACAGGACGGACGGAGAAAACAGCUGCCAUUGGCAUUUGUCCUGAUGUCGAGGAAGACGGAAGAGGACUACGUGGCUGUGUUACAAGCCCUUGUCGACCGUCUAGAGGAGACAAGUGUUGAGGAGUUCAUGGUGGACUAUGAAGUUGGUGCUUGGUUGGCCAUUCGUCGGGUUUUCCCUACCGUUGCGAUCAAAGGGUGCAUCUUCCACUGGACACAGGCAGUUUGGAGGCAUGUCCAGUACUUAGGCUUGGCCAGGGCGUACAAGGAUCAACAGGCAGUGCACAACUACAUUCGCCAACUACUCUCCUUGCCUUUCCUGCCAGCACAACAAAUCCCGGAGACGUUCCACCAUUUGAGAGGAAGAGCCACCACACCACAGCUUCGGGACCUGGUGGACUAUAUUGACCGACAGUGGUUUCGCCAUCGUGUAUUCAGGGUCCAGGACUGGUCAGUGUUUCGGCGGACAGUGCGGACCAACAACGACGUCGAAGGCUGGCACAACCGACUGAAUACGAUGGCCAGGCACGGGGGUGUGCCAUUCUACAAGUUGGUGCUGCAACUGCGACAGGAAGCUGAAGUGGUCGAUGUUGCUGUACGAUCUGCAGACUUGGAGAGGGAGAGUAACCGCGUAUACACCGCCCUAGAGAAGAGGAUCCAGAAAGCCUGGGAUGAAUACAUGGAAGGAGCUUGGAUCACCAGUCACUUUCUGUGA